CGCAGACCGCGAGCGCCCUCCCCCUAGCUUUUGGUGUGAGACGUCGAGCUGAGCGAUCGCGGGCGGAGAACGAGGUCCUACGUAACCCUGCUGUGCGCCCCUGGCCGACGCCAUGGCUGGCGCCCAGGCCCUCACUGUCCUAGCCCUCUCAUCGCAGAUGCCGGUGGCCGUGGGUCCCUACGGGCAGUCCCAGCCCAGCUGCUUCGAUCGCGUGAAGAUGGGCUUUGUCAUGGGUUGCGCCGUGGGUAUGGCAGCCGGGGCGCUGUUCGGCACCUUCUCCUGUCUCAGGAUCGGAAUGCGGGGUCGGGAGCUGAUGGGCGGCAUUGGGAAAACCAUGAUGCAGAGUGGCGGCACAUUUGGCACUUUCAUGGCCAUCGGGAUGGGCAUACGAUGCUAAUUAAGAUUCAGAUGCCCUGCUACACCUAAACUUCCCCAUCCAUUUCAACCCUUGUACAAUAAUUAAAGAUUUUUUCUUCUCGUUA